ACUUACAAGCGCGGUGUGUUCAGGUGCGUAGGCCGGCCGGAGACCAUGAUGUCAGUGUGUUACGGCCGCAGCGAUGCGCUGGCAUUCACCGGCGCCGCCACGGGAGACGUUUACAUCUGGAAGGAACCACUGCUGAUGAAAACAGUCAAAGCUCACGAUGGACCGGUGUUCGCCAUGUUCUCCCUCGACAAGGGCUUUGUGACGGGCGGGAAGGACGGCGUGGUGGAGCUAUGGGACGACAUGUUUGACCGCUGCCUGAAGACUUACGCCAUCAAGAGAGCAGCACUGUCCCCGGGCUCCAAAGGCCUGCUCCUGGAGGACAACCCGUCCAUCAGGGCCAUCACUCUGGGUCACGGUCACAUCCUGGUUGGAACCAAAAACGGAGAAGUUCUGGAGAUCGACAAGACCGGACCCAUGACCCUGCUGGUGCAGGGUCACAUGGAGGGCGAGGUUUGGGGUCUGGCCGCUCACCCCCUCCUCCACGUGUGUGCCACCGUCAGCGACGACAGAACCCUGCGCCUGUGGGAGACGUCAGCUAAUCACCGCAUGGUGGCCGUCCGCAAGCUGAAGAGAG